UCUUCAACUUUUGUUGUUGUCAUUGGAAGAUAUGGGAGAUUUUCUUUCUUCACUACAAUUAAGUCAUGAUAUGGUUAUUCACUUUUUCUUGGCUGUCAGCAUUUAAAAAGUUUUUGUAAUUCCACUCCUCUUCUUGUUCUUCAACUUCUGUUGUUCCCAUGGGAGAGAUUUUCUUUCUGGCAUCAGCUUUUCUAGCUUUCAGUUCCAGGGGUGCAAUUUUGUUAUUUUGUCUCUACCAUUGUGGUUUAAACUUCAAGUCAGUGGCCUAUUUAUUGCUAAAUAGGAGAUAUUCAAGUAGAACAGGACUGAUUACAAUUCCUUCUCCUCUCCUAAGUCCAGUUCUGUAGCUUGACAACCUUAAUUUACUAUUUAUUUGCUUUCUUAAUCUUGUUAUAAUGAUCUAACAUUUUCUAUUACAUUAGGCAUCAGAUUCAACAAAAGAAACUCAGCAUGAGCUCUCUGCCCUAGAGUUUAUGUUUCCCUACAUCUCUUUGCUAUAUGCUUUGUAAGUUUUGACAAUAUUUUUUUGCCUUAAGUUUUUAGAGAUACUAAUUGUAAGGUGCUAGUGAAACUGCAGGUAUAUUGAGUUUUAUGAUGUGAUGUCUGUGCCGAUGGCAAUAGCUCUGUCUGGUCAACUUCUUCUUGGGCAACCUGUAAUGGUUAAACCUUCUGAGGCAGAAAAGAAUCUUGUUCAGUCUAAUGCCUCUGGUGCAGGCUCUGGUGGUGUUGCUGGACCAUAUGGAGCAGUGGACAGAAAAUUGUAUGUUGGGAAUUUACAUUUCAAUAUGACGGAACUGCAGCUCAGACAGAUUUUUGAACCUUUUGGUCCUGUGGAGCUCGUGCAACUACCUCUUGACAUUGAGACUGGCCAAUGCAAGGGUUUUGGGUUUGUUCAGUUUGCUCAGCUUGAGCAUGCAAAGUUAGCUCAAAGUGCUUUGAAUGGAAAGCUGGAGAUCGCUGGUCGAACCAUUAAGGUUUCGUCAGUCACAGAUCAUGUUGGUACACAAGAUACUACAGCAAAAUCUGCUGACUUUGAUGAUGAUGAAGGUGGUGGCUUGGUGAGUUGAAUAUUAUCAUGAUUUUUAAGAUUAAUGCUACUUUUUGUGGUUUUGUGUCUGGUCUCUUACAUUUUGAUGAUAAUUAUUUUUCUUCCUGCAGUUUCUUCAAAGAUGCAAUUAGUUUUCAUGAUUAUCUUGUAUAAAUAGUUAGCAUAACC